CGUGAGUCGUCAUCUGAGCACGACAUUCGACUACGGUGUCUUACGUUUCGUCAAAUCAAAUCAAAUUAAAUUAAAAGAAAACAUCAUUAAUCGUUUUUAGUGUCAUCAGUUUUGUGCUAAAACAACAGUUUUGUUUUUAUUUUUGUUCUUUUGUUAAUUUUUGACGGAUUGAAAUGUUUGCUUAUGUGUUUCGUUAUUUUUCAUCUGUCAAAAUUGUGUGUUAGCUUGUUUUGUGUGUGCAUCGCAGCAGCAACACAAACCACGGACACGGGAGAUUUUCUGUCUGUCUGCCUGUCGGACAUCCGGUCGCGUGCAUAAGCCGAAACCCAGGUGGGAGCUCUUUGAGUGAUUGUUUUUUCGCUGUUUCGCUGUCAAUGUUGCAAUGGAUUACCAGUGUUUCUUGUGAUCUUAGAAUGUUUGUUUUGUCGUUGUUGUUGUUUGUGUGGUUUUCGUUGUCAAAUUAAAAGGAAGUGUUUUCUAUGUGUUCAACCGAAUCGAAUAAGAAUAAAUAAAAAUACAUAAAAACCCCCAAUUAAAUUGAUUAAAGUGAAUUUUUGGGGUGCAUUUUUAAUAAUCACAGUGUUCUCUACAAAACUGUCAACGUGACGUUUAAUUUUUGUGUUUUGUGUGUGUUUUGACAGUAGUUUGUGUCACACAUCAUAAAAGAUUAUCGUCAAGCCGUUCUCUUUCUCCCAUCGUCAUCGUUAUCGUCAUGGAAUUCGAUAGAUUUUUAUUGUAAAUGCAUUACUUUGAAAGAAAGAAUAAAAACCUACACACUGCAGAUACCCUACACUCGAAGGUACUCGUCCCUAAAGUGGCAACAUAAUUUCCAGCAUCAACAUCAACCCAUAGUCGUUUCGUUGUACCGCGCGCUCACCGCCUCCGUCCUAAAGCAACAUAGUGCCGAAUGCACUGCACAGCACACAACACAAUAGACCCGACUUUACUCGUUUUUUGAUGCAAUCUUAAAGUUGCAGCCUCGCUCUCUAAGUACUAUGCUUCCGUUCGUCUUCGUAGUCCGUACCCGUACAUAGUAGUCGGUCUUAAUAAUUUUUUAGUUGCGUUUUUUCGGUUGGUUUUUUAAUCGUUUUUUAGUUUUCCUGAAACCAUAAGAAACUUGAACGGAGAUAAAUGAUUGUGCCGGGUUUUGAAAGAAAAAAAUCGGAAGAACUGAAAAAAGUAAUGACAAAUGUUAAAGGAUGUAAUGUGUGAUUACAUCACAACCCCGCCCCCGCUCGACAACACAACGAAUCACCAUCAUCUUAUAGCAGCUUAAUGUGAUGUGACCAAUUUUAAGUGCUUAAAAUAUAAAAAUAUAAAAUUAUUAAUUACAAGCGCGAGAAACUAAACGAUUUAUAUUACUUCAAUACAAAAUAUAUUGAAAUGAAAAAUCAUUAAUCUUGAUUAAAGUGUAAGAAAAGAAAAAUUAUUAAAAAAAAAGAGUGGAAAAAGUGCGCGAGAAAGAAAAAAUACGCUAAGGGAUUUUUUUUUUUUUAAUUACAAUAUUUUCUUUUUUGGUUUAUUUAAUUUUCGGUGUAAGAAGUUUCGUCAUUUUUCAUCUUAACGUUCUUUAAAUGUGUUGAAAGGUGUUAAAAGAGAAUAAUAAGUUUUCUUCUUUGUAUUUUUUAAUUUUUCAAAAAUUCGUGAAACGGAAUGAAGAAAAAGCAGUUUUGAAAAUUCGAUUUUUCAUUUAUUUUCUCGUUUUUUUUUUUUGUUUUUUAAAAAUUUGUUUUGCGUUUGUUUGAAAUAAACACGCGAGUGUGGAUUCAUCAUGUUGGGAAUAUUUAGGAAGCGACUCUACAGAAAACCAAUUCAUGAUAUGAGGACAUUGGAGGAAGACAAAGAAGAACUUCAGGAUGUGGCUCCGCCACAAAGUUACAUUCGAAUUUCCGAUGGCAAAGUGUCACUUGUCCAGCCUUCGUCAUGUGAAACUGUCACGAAGGAUAAGGAGGUCUUGGAAGAGCGGAUUGUCGAACUUGAAGAGGCUCUCAUUCGGUUGCAGGAUAAAGUUAAUAACAGUCAAUGCGGGUCACCGACAUUCGAGAGGGAUCUCAGGGAGCAACUAGAAAACAUGAAUCGAGCAAUGAAGUCGAAGGACCGCAAAACAGUGCAGGCGUGUAGGGACAAUAAAGCGCUCCAGGCACGAUUUGCACGUCAAGAAACACUCCUCCAUAAUAUGCAACAAGAAAACAAAGCCCUCACACUCCGAAUCCGCCAAUACGAACACUGUCUAGACGACGUGAUGCGAAAAGUCGUUGAUGCUAUUGUGCUCGAGGAUAGCUUACGUCAAGAGGUUUCUGUGCUCAAAAGUCGUGUAUACGAAUUAGAAGCACAAAAUGCUGUCCUCUCUGGUAGUCCGGCCAAAGGCAAAGACGAAGGUUAUUGCACAAUGAGCAGCGGUCAGCCACAACCAUCGAAUGGACAUUUGGAAGAUCUGCCCGAGGAGCCAGAACAAUGGCUACUGCCCGCCGAACCAUGUUCCACAGAAAUGGAAGACUGGAGUAUGUCACAAGAGGAACUGGGUGUUAUACCAUUGGACGAUGAGGUAAUCGAACAUGAACGUGGGGAGCACGAGCGUGAUUGGAUUUGGAAUACGAGUGAUUUUCUUAAUUCCACCAUGAUGGCAUCACAAUCCGAAGGAAUAGCGAAACUUCUACAACAAACCAUCGUCUUCUCAGAAGACGAAGAAGUAGCUUGUGUAGAUUUCACUAAGGACUUUUAUAAAUUGGUCAAUAUCCCAUCGGGAAGUACACGUAGUUUGUACUCAUACCUGGAUGCGGAAACUGACGAUGAAGAUGAUACUACAUCGGAGAAUUGCCGAACUCGAGGUCCAAGUCCAACACCCAGCGAAGCUGGACAAGCACAAGUUACCAGUUGUUCCUCAAGUGAAUCGGAUGAACAUACGAGGUGUAUAGCUGAGUUACCAGAAUUAGUUAGCAGUUGUAGUUAUGAGGAGCCACAAUGUAUAUUAAGGAAUAUUCAAAAUGAUGAAAUAAAAACGUCAAAGAGUGAAGCAACGACACCAACAAAUUUGCCAAUAAUGGUGACGCCUGCAUCUUUAGUGGCUGUGACGACUAAAUCGACGACGACAACUGUAACGGCGGCGUCGGGUUUGAAAAGUGGUCCGUCGUGGCGGAAGAGCAACGGUUGGAAGCGAUUGCCAUCGGUUGAGUCUCCCAAAAAGGAAAACAAAUCAGAAAAAUCAUCACCAACGUCUUCAUCAUCACCAUCUACGCCACCAAUAAGUAGAAUUCCAACUUGUAAACAAUCAUCGCCAAUAAGAAAAUCAAAAAUACCUCCUCCUGUUCCAGUCCGACGUUCCUAUGCAAGUUAAUAAAAUUGUCAACCUAUACAACAAAAAAAAUAUAUUUAACAUUUUUAUUAAACAAAAAACAUUAAAACGCUCUUCUCCAUAAGCAUUAAAAACUAAACUUUAUACAUACAAAAUUCGUAGGAUUUCAUUUUUGUAUAAAGAAAAAGACUUAAUUGUGAUAUAUUAUACAACACGAAGAAAAACAAAAACAAAAAUUAUUAAUUUUUAUUAAAUAAAAAUAAAAUUAAAAAACAAAAACAAAAAUAACACUGCCUAAUAAAGACAAAACAAAAUUAAACAAUAAGUGCUCCGCCUGGAAACUAGAAAGAAAAACAUCCAAUACAACAACCAAUUAAUAUUAAGCAGGGAAACAAACCAAUUUUAGACCAAUCAAAUUUAAAAACAAAAAUGGCCGCUCGCUUAUGUGUUGAAUAUAAUUUGUGUUGGUUUAAAGUGUGGUGAAUAAUAAUUUUUGAAUUUGAAUUAUUUUGUUGUUAAGAAUUUGUAAAUAAUAAAAUAUUUAAUAUAAUUUAUAACCCUUUAUUUUGGAAAAUUAAAAAGUCAUUGUGAAUUUUUUGUAUCUAAUACAUGUUAAAUAUCUAUAUUUUAUUUUAUUUUCUUAUAUUCAUAAAAGCAAAUUAAGAUAACUUUGUAUUAUACAUGCUUAAUAAUAUUAAUCCCCAAUUUAUAUACCUAUAUUUUUUUCUUAUUUGAUUAAACAAUUUAAACAAAAAAAACAUAGGAAUAUAUUUCAUGAAAUAAGUUUUUUGUCUGACAUUUUUAGGGAUCUUUUGUUGCUAAGUUGCUUUGAAUAAGCCUGCAUUAUAAUAAAUUAUUAGGUCGAACCUUUUAAUAUUUAUUUAAGAAGAAGAAAAGAAUAAGUUUGUAUCCAUCCUGGCAGUUGUUGUAAGUGUAAAUUAUUAUGUUCACUCAUUUUAGAGCAGAGAAUGUGAAAUGCAGGACAUUUCAAUAAAAAUUAUAGCAAUAAUAAAAAUAAAAAUAUUAAUAAAUUGUUAAUAAAU